AUGACGAAAAAAAUUUCUCUUUGUACAUUUAUCUCGUAUCAUUCUGAAGUUAAACAUCAUUUGAGAAUAAAGUCGAAGAGUGUGUCAGAAAGAAAAAUAAGAAAAAGGAAGCAUCUGAUGGAUGAUUUGGGUUUAGGUUUAUGUGGGCAAAGACUGUUGACAAUCGCAGCUUGCAAUUAUGUUAAGAAUGGCGUGCUUUUCAACAAAGUGAAAAUUGAAAGUAGACGUGAAUGUGACUUGUGGUGUCGAAUGGAAAAUUUCAGUCAAGAAGAGUUACGAAAGAACAGAAAUGAAAAACUUUUUCUCGAAAAAAGAAAAGUUGCUGUAGAUGAAGUAGAGAUGGGGAACGUUAAAAACAGCUUUGAACUGUGUGGGUGUCAUGAGUGA